AGAGCGAGGCGAGGACGAGCAAGACCCUCAGGAAAGUCCGCGGCUUCCUGGGGGACAUCUCCAUCGAGCCGAUCCUGUUUCUCUACUACAUCAACAUGUACUCUCGGUCGGUCGUGAGGGAGAACCUGAAACUUGAUCGCUUCUGCAGGAUAACUCUGGGCUACGACGAGGAAGACUGCGCCUCGCUCAACGACGGCCACCACGAGGACAUACAGGCGGAGACGCAGAAGUUGGACAGCGUGUUCCUCUUCUACGAGAAAUUGGUGUCGACGGUGGUUCCUCUGGUGCUCGUGUCCUUCGCCGCCACAUGGAGCGACCGCCGCGGGAGGAAGGCGCUCAUCGUUCUCUGCUUCUUCGGGGAUUUGCUGUACGUCAUGAUCUACCUGCUGGAGUCUCUCUUCCCCUCGUGGCCCCCGGAGGUCCUCCUCCUCGCCUCCUUUCUGAACAGCCUCGGCGGAGGAAUGAUGAUGCUCCUGAUGGCCUGCUACAGCUUCAUGGCGGACAAGACCAACACCAAGACGCGCACGGUCCGCAUGGCUAUCAUGAAUUCCGCCAUGCACAUGGGAGGCCCGAUUGGCACUGCCUUAGGCGCGUGGGUCUUCGCCGCCAAGGGGUAUGUCUGGGUCUUCGGUCUCGGGCUCGUGAUAAUCGUGGUAUGUCUCCUCCUAGUCAUCUUCUUCAUCAGAGAUAAAGACUCCAAUCUCGACACCAAAAAAGGUGAUGCAAACGAUACCAAGGAAGCCCCAGGUGAUGGAAACGACACCAAAGAAGUCCCAAGUGAUGGUCACGAUACCAGGGAAGCCUCAGGUCACACAGACGAACGAAAGCGAACUUCAGGGAGCCCUUGGGACCCGAGGAAUGUCGUGGAUCUGUUUCGGGUGUGCUUGAGGCACCGGCCGGGACGAGGGCGGUCUCACCUGAUUAUCCUCAUGUUCGUAAUGUUGGGUCAGAUUAGCAUGACUCCUCACAACCUCUACCUGUGGUCCCGUCGAGUGUACCUCUGGGACGAGAACCAAUACAGCUUGUACUCGACCAUUAACCAAGUAAUAGAACAAACCAUGAGUCUCAUCGCAGCUCCUGUGUUGCACAAAUUGGCCGUGCACGACUGUUUGAUGGGAGCUGGCACGUCGUUUCUCAGUUUUCUGAAGAUGCUCACGCUCGGCCUGACAACCUCCCCGUCCCAGUGGUGGGUCAUUUACCUCUUCGUCAUCAUACCUAAUGCAAUUACUUCUGCUGCCAUCAGAGCUCAGAUGUCUAAGAUAUGCAACGCGGACGAGGUAGGUCGCGUGUUCUCCAUGUUGGCCAUCUUGGAGGUGUUGUGGCCACUCGCCGACAGCGCCAUCUAUACCGCCGUCUACACCUCGACCUUGGACUUCUACCCUUCGUACGAACACCUCGUCGCCGCCUUGUGCGGGGUCUUCGUCCUCGGCGGCUUCCUUGGCCUCAGACUCUCGCUGGAACACGUGAAGAAUCGGGCUGCUGAAGAGGAACUAGCAAAGGUGGAGGACCCCGUCAAGUCCUGCUGAGGGCAAGGUCGAAAUCUGUGGGGACUUCCUUUCCUGUUUCUCAUUCCGUAGGAGGCGAAUUCAAAGUUAGUAUACCACAUAGUAUACCUAUCUGUCUCUCUACACGCACACACAAAGACACAAAGACACACACACACACACACACAAACACACACACACACACACACACACACACACACACACACACACACACACACACACACACACACACACACACACACACACACACAUACACACACACAGUGGUAGCGUUUUCGGUUGGGAAUCUCGCUUAACUGUCAGAGUGGGGUAACCUCAGCCACUCCUUGCACACAGGGUCCCUUGUGAUGGCCAGAGAUAUAGAAAAGCUUGAAAACAGUAGAUGAUAUACUGGUUAAAAGCUUUUUUUUAUUAUGGGAUUUCAUAAUAAGUUAAGGAUAAUCGUGAUAUUCUAUAAUGAGGAAAAUUGAGAAAAUCCAUAUUUAUAGUGAAUAUUAAAAUGUUGAUAACAACAAUUUUGAUAACAAAAUAUAAAGAAUCAUGAAAGAAAUGAACAUCGCACGAUAACUCGAUGAUUGUUUAUUGAUAACGUACAUGGGUUUUCCUUAUUGAGUUUGCCUUAUAUAUAUGUAUAUGUAUGUAUAUAUAUAUAUUUAUGUAUAUGUAUGUAUAUGUCUCUCUCUCUCUUUCACUCCUUUCCCUCCCUCCGUCCCUCAUCUCUCCCUUUUUCUCUCUCUCCCCCAUCUUUCUCUCUCCCUCUCCCCCUCGUCCCCCUUCUAACUCUCACCCUUCCUUUCCCCUUUCCUUCCCUCCCCUCCUGUCUCCCUCUCCCUUCCCCCUCUCACUCUCCCCCUCCCUCCACCCCCCUCUCUCUGACACACACACAUAUACACAUGUACGUAUGCAUGUCUGUAUUCGGCAGUUCAGCUGGACAUUCUCACAAGCCGAAAAAGUGAUUUGUACCGUUUGUCAUUUUACUAACUAAUGUUGGUUUUAGAAAUGAAUUUAUAUGUACAAUAGGAAAAUAUGUCAUGGUGCCCACUCUGUUUGCUAUGGCUAGUCUUGCUAUUUUUCUGUUAUAUAAUGUUAUUGCUGUUCCUCUUACUAUGAAUGUUCUAAUCAUAUCAUUAUUAAUAGAUACUGUUAUUGUUAUUAUUCUUAUCAUCAUUGUUUUUUAUUAUUGCUAUUAUUUUUGUAUUAGUGUUAACAUCAUUACUAUUAUCGAUAUCAUUAUUAUUGAUAUUGUUGUUAUGAUAGUAGUAUUAAUAACAAUAAUAGUAAUAAUAAUAACAAAUAUAACAAUAAUGAUAAUUAUGAUAAAGAUGAUGAUAGUAAUAAUAAUUAUCAUCACUAUUAUCAUUAUUAUUAUCGUUCUCAUUAUUUCCGACUGCAUCUUCAUUACCAUUGCUCUUAUUAUCAUCACCAUCAUCAUCAAUAUUAUCACUGUUCCUAUCCAUCAUCAUGACCGUCACCACAUCGUCACCAUUUUCUUAUCAUUAUCAUUGUUUUUCUAACACUUCUUCCAUCAUCAUAAUUUCCUGACGUAUCAUGUUCCACAAUACUCUCAUUCGGUUUAGUUAUAAGAAAUUAUUCAACCGCCACUAUUCAUGAAUAUUAAUUCAGUUGUGUAAUAUCUUCAUA